UGUCAUUCACUCUAGUGUCAAAUUGAGAAUUGUUGAGAAAGAAUAGUGAGUUUUCUCGAUUUCCGUGACCUUUUGUAAGCCUUUUGUAUUUCCUUUUGAUUACUUGGGUCUCCUUUGGAAACAAGAACAUUCGUCAACAAUGACUGACGUCAAGCUAAGAGAGUUACGAAGUGACAUCAACGAACUUAAUGGGUUGCUACAACAAGCACAGCGCAAGAAAGUCCAGGACAUACUGUCUUUGGAGAUCCGCAAGUUGGAGACAGAGUGGAGUAAUCUGAAUGAGUUGGAGAAGGCGGCCGGUGCUUCCCAGGCGGCGUCAUCCUCUGCCGCAUCCACCUCCGUUCAAAAUAAACGUUACCAGAUCAAAUUAAAUGGAUAUGGAUGGGAUCAAUCAGAUAAGUAUGUCAAGGUGUUUGUUACCCUGAAGAAUGCUCAUACAGUGCCAAAGGAACAGGUGUACUGCAAGUUGACGGACCGAUCCAUGGAGCUGCAUGUGGACAACUUGGAUAACAAGGAUUACGUUCUGGUCAUCAAUAAGCUGCUGGAGCCCAUUGAUGUGAACGAGUCUCACUGGAAGCAGAAGACCGAUAUGAUAGUGGUAUUCCUGGCUAAGUCUCGCCAGAAUAUAAAGUGGUCUCACAUGACAGAGAUUGAGAAAAAGUUUGAAGACCAACGGAACAACCGUUUGAAGGGUGACGAUAAAAAUAUGGAUAAGUCAGACCCGCAGGAUUCUAUCAUGGGACUUAUGCGAAACAUGUAUGAAACUGGAGAUGAUGAUAUGAAGAGGAUGAUCACUAAGGCUUUCUAUGAGGGUCAGCAGAAGAAACGGACAGACACUGUUGACCUGUAGAUUGACAGUAACAUGGAAUGUUUAAGAAAUUAUAGCAUAUGUAUUUUAUAAUUAAGUUAAUUUUAAGUUUUAAGUACUGAAACAAUCAAAUAAUUGUAUACCAUAAUUAU